AUGCCUCGUGGUCAGAAGAGUAAGCUCCGUGCUCGUGAGAAACGCCGCCUUAACAGAGCCGAGACCCAAGGUCUUAAGAGUGCUCAGGCAGCUACAGCAGAGGAAGAAGAGGCUACUCCUUCCUCCUCUCCUGUUCUUGGGGGUGCUUCCUCAAGCUCCCCUAUUGCUGGCACUUCCCAGGAGCCUCAAAAAGCCCCAGCCACCACCAGGGCUGCUGCACGUGCUUCACGGCGAAGAUCUAAGGCAGGUGCCAAGAGCCAGGUUGAGGAAAGUAAAAAUUCCUCUCUGGCCUCAACUUCCACCGGGAAAGCUCAAAACGAUCCUCUAAGCGGGAAGGUGGGGAUGUUGGUACAGUUUCUGCUGUAUAAGUAUAAAUUGAAGGAGCCCAUUAAGAAGAUAGACAUGAUGAAGAUCGUCCACAAAAGGAACAGGGAGCAGUUCGCUGAGAUCCUCAGGAGAGCCACUGAGCGCAUGGAUCUGGUCUUUGGCCUCAAAUUAAAGGAAGUCAAGCCUGGCAGUAACUCCUACACCCUCACCAGCAACCUAGACCUCACCGACGAUGGCACUAUGAAUAAUCUCUGGGGCUUUCCGAAGAAUGGGCUUCUCAUGCCUCUCCUAGGUGUCAUCUUCUUGGAUGGCAACUGCACCUCUGAGGAGCAGAUCUGGGAAUUCCUGAAUAUUUUGGGCAUCUAUGAUGGAAGGAGGCACUUCAUCUUCGGGGAGCCCAGGAAGCUCAUCACCCAAGAUUUCGUGCAGGAAAAGUACCUGGAGUACCGCCAGGUGCCCGGCAGCAAUCCUCCACGCUUUCAGUUCCUAUGGGGCCCCAGAGCCCAUGCUGAAACCAGCAAGAGGAAAGUCCUCGAGUUUUUGGCCAAGGUCCACGAUACCAUCCCCAGUGCCUUCCUGCCCCAUUAUGAAGAGGCUCUGCGAGAUGAGGAAGAGAGAGCCCAAGCCAGAGCUGCAACCAAGCAUGCCUCUACUGCCAAGGCCACUGCAUGUUCCCAGGCCACAUCUGGCCACUCUUCUUCCUAG